CGUCCCGCCCCGCCCCUGCUGCUGACGUGCGGGGCCGAAAGGGAGGGACGGGCGGGCUCCGCCAAGCCUUGUGCUUCCGCGGGCUCUGGGGUCGCUGGGGCCUCGUGGCGGGGCGGCUCCGCGGAGCUUCGCUCGCUUUCGCACCUUCCUCGUGUCCUCUCGCGGCGCCCAGCGGGCCCUGCGCUUCGGCGGGAGACCCGGCAAGGGCUUCGUGCCGAGUGUGAGAGCCCAACACAGCGCUUGAACUCAUGAUCCUGAAAUCAAGACCUGAACUGAGAUCAAGAGUCAGAUGCUUAACUCACUGAGCCAGCCAGUGAACAACGAAUGUCAUGAUGUCUGGAAUCAAGCGGACAAUCAAAGAAACCGACCCUGAUUAUGAGGAUGUAUCUGUGGCCCUUCCAAAUAAGCGGCAUAAAGCAAUUGAGAAUUCAGCUCGAGAUGCUGCUGUGCAGAAGAUUGAGACUAUUAUUAAGGAACAAUUUGCACUUGAAAUGAAGAAUAAGGAACAUGAAAUUGAAGUCAUCGACCAGCGAUUGAUUGAGGCAAGAAGGAUGAUGGAUAAACUUCGUGCCUGCAUUGUUGCCAACUACUAUGCUUCUGCAGGCCUUCUAAAAGUUUCUGAGGGAUCAAAAACAUGUGAUACAAUGGUUUUUAAUCAUCCUGCUAUCAAGAAAUUUUUGGAAUCACCAUCUAGGUCAUCCUCUCCUGCCAAUCAGAGAUCAGAAACACCAUCAGCCAAUCAUUCAGAAAGUGAUUCUUUAUCUCAACACAAUGACUUCUUAUCUGACAAAGACAAUAACAGCAAUAUGGAUAUAGAGGAAAGACUCUCAAACAACAUGGAACAGAGACCAAGUCGAAAUACUGGAAGGGACAUUGCUAGUAUUACUGGCUCUCAUAAAACAGAGCAGCGGAAUGCUGAUCUUACAGGAGAUGAGACUUCACGUCUUUUUGUAAAGAAAACAAUAGUAGUGGGCAAUGUGUCCAAGUACAUACCUCCUGAUAAGAGAGAAGAAAAUGACCAGUCAACCCACAAGUGGAUGGUAUAUGUCCGAGGGUCUCGUAGAGAACCCAGCAUUAAUCAUUUUGUCAAGAAAGUUUGGUUCUUUCUUCAUCCCAGCUAUAAACCAAAUGACCUUGUGGAAGUUAGAGAGCCUCCUUUUCACCUCACCAGAAGAGGCUGGGGCGAGUUUCCUGUCAGAGUUCAAGUUCACUUUAAAGACAGCCAGAACAAACGGAUAGAUAUCAUACAUAAUCUGAAGCUGGAUAGAACUUACACUGGCCUGCAGACUCUUGGAGCAGAGACGGUAGUGGAUGUUGAGCUCCACCGACAUUCUCUUGGAGAAGACUCCAUUUAUCCUCAGUCUUCCGAGUCAGACAUCUCUGAUGCCCCACCAUCUUUGCCUUUGACCAUUCCAGCCCCAGUGAAAGCUUCCUCACCGAUAAAGCAGUCACAUGAGCCAGUACCUGAUACUUGUGUGGAGAAAGGAUUCCCAGCCAACACUGAAGCUGAGAGACACACUACAUUUUAUUCUUUGCCGUCUUCAUUGGAACGGACGCCCACCAAAAUGACAACAUCCCAGAAAGUUACCUUUUGUUCUCAUGGCAAUUCAGCUUUUCAGCCAAUAGCGUCAAGCUGCAAAAUUGUGCCACAAAGUCAGAUGCCUAAUCCUGAGUCACCUGGAAAGUCCUUCCAACCCAUCACCAUGAGCUGCAAGAUUGUUUCAGGUUCCCCCAUAUCAACUCCAAGUCCAUCACCGCUGCCUCGAACCCCAACUUCCACUCCAGUCCAUGUGAAGCAAGGCACUGCCAGCUCUGUCAUUAAUAAUCCCUAUGUUAUCCUGGACAAGCCAGGGCAGGUUAUUGGAGCCACCACUCCGACUGCAGGAAGUCCUACAAACAAGCUCUCUACUGCUUCUCAGGCCUCCCAAGGAACAGGUUCCCCUAUUCCUAAAAUUCAUGGAAGCAGUUUUGUAACAUCUACUGUCAAGCAGGAGGAUUCUUUGUUUGCAUCUAUGCCACCUCUUUGUCCAAUUGGGAGUCACCCUAAGGUUCAGAGUCCCAAGCCUAUCACUGGAGGACUUGGAGCUUUCACAAAAGUAAUCAUCAAACAGGAACCGGGUGAAGCCUCUCAUGUGCCUGCAACAGGAGCUGCCAGCCAGUCACCACUCCCUCAGUAUGUGACUGUGAAAGGGGGUCACAUGAUAGCUGUGUCCCCUCAAAAACAGGUCCUAACUGCUGGAGAAGGGACAUCCCAGUCACCAAAGAUUCAGCCCUCCAAGGUCGUUGGGGUGCCAGUUGGGUCCACUUUACCUUCAGCAGUGAAACAGGCUGUAGCAAUCAGUGGCGGCCAAAUCCUUGUAGCCAAGGCCAGCUCUUCUGUUGCCAAAGCUGUUGGUCCAAAGCAAGUUGUGACCCAAGGAGUUGCCAAAGCAAUUGUGAGCGGAGGUGGAGGCACCAUUGUUGCUCAGCCGGUGCAAGCCUUAACCAAGGCUCAGGUCACUGCCGCCGGCCCUCAGAAGAGUGGAUCCCAGGGUUCAGUAAUGGCAACAUUACAGCUACCAGCCACUAAUCUGGCCAACUUGGCAAAUUUGCCUCCUGGCACCAAACUCUACCUUACAACGAACAGCAAGAACCCUUCAGGAAAAGGAAAACUGCUGCUGAUCCCUCAAGGAGCCAUCCUACGAGCUACCAACAAUGCUAACCUCCAGUCUGGCUCAGCUGCGGGCAGUGGUAGUGGCGGAGGCAGCGGUGGCAGUGGCGGUGGCAGCGGAGGUGGAGGAGGAGGAACAGGAGGAACUCAGAGCCCUGCAGGCCCUGGAGGGAUAUCCCAGCACCUGACUUACACAUCUUAUAUCCUAAAGCAAACGCCUCAGGGCACAUUUUUAGUUGGUCAGCCAUCACCCCAGACAUCUGGAAAACAGCUGACUACUGGGUCAGUGGUCCAAGGAACGCUGGGAGUCAGCACAUCUUCUGCACAAGGGCAACAAACAUUAAAAGUCAUCUCUGGACAAAAAACCACUUUGUUUACCCAGGCAGCCCCUGGGGGACAGGCAUCACUAAUGAAAAUAUCUGAUAGCACACUGAAGUCUGUACCAGCCACUUCACAACUCUCAAAGCCUGGAACCACAAUGCUGAGAGUGGCAGGAGGGGUUAUCACAACUGCCACUUCCCCAGCUGUGACCCUCUCAGCAAAUGGUCCUGCACAGCCGUCAGAAGGAGCAGCUCCCAGUUCAUCAUCUGCUGUAGGCCCUGUAAUAAAAACUUCUGGGCAGCAGCCAGUGUGUGUGAGCCAGGCCCCCGUGGGAACCUGCAAGCCUGCUGCUCCCUCUGUCAUCAGUGCCACGUCCCUGGUGCCCACACCAAACACAAUCUCUGGAAAAGCCACCGUAUCAGGAUUGCUAAAGAUUCACUCCAGCCAAUCCAAUCCCCAGCAGGCUGUCCUGACGAUCCCCAGCCAGCUCAAGCCACUCAGUGUAAAUACGUCUGGAGGUGUACAGACUAUACUGAUGCCUGUGAAUAAAGUGGUUCAGUCAUUUUCUACCAACAAAUCACCUGCCAUUCUGCCUGUAGCUGCCCCAAACCCAGUUGUCCCCAGCUCUGCUCCAGCAGCUGUUACAAAAGUAAAGACUGAACCAGAAACGCCUGGGCCAGGCUGCCUCUCUCAGGAGGGUCAGACACCAGUGAAAACAGAAGAAAGUUCUGAACUGGGAAACUAUGUCAUUAAGAUAGACCAUUUAGAGACUAUCCAGCAACUCUUAACAGCAGUGGUAAAGAAGAUUCCCUUAAUCACUGCAAAAAGUGAAGAUGCCAGCUGUUUUUCUGCGAAGUCUGUAGAGCAGUAUUAUGGCUGGAACAUUGGAAAAAGGAGAGCUGCUGAGUGGCAAAGAGCAAUGACAAUGCGAAAAGUCUUACAAGAAAUACUGGAGAAGAAUCCAAGAUUUCACCACCUGACUCCCCUUAAAACCAAGCACAUUGCUCACUGGUGUCGCUGCCAUGGCUACACCCCACCUGAUCCUGAGACACUGAGGAGUGACGGGGACUCUAUUGAGGAUGUGCUGACCCAAAUCGACAGUGAGCCAGAGUGCCCGUCAUCAUUCUCCUCUGCGGACAGCCUCUGCCGGAAACUGGAGGACCUACAGCAGUUCCAGAAAAGAGAGCCAGAGAAUGAAGAGGAGGUGGAUAUCCUCAGCCUCCCAGAGCCAUUAAAGAUCAACGUCAAAAAAGAACAGGAAGAGAAGCAGGAAGAAAUGAAGUUGUACUUGCCACCCACACUGGGGUCUGAAUUUAUUGGUGACAUCACACAGAAGAUUGGGAUCACCCUGCAGCCCGUGGCACUUCACAAGAACGUGUAUGCGUCUGUGGUAGAGGACAUGAUUUUAAAGGCCACAGAGCAGCUGGUGAACGACAUCCUGAGACAGGCUUUGGCAGUUGGAUACCAGACAGCAUCUCACAACAGGAUUCCCAAAGAAAUCACAGUGAGCAACAUCCACCAGGCCAUUUGCAACAUUCCUUUUCUGGACUUCCUCACAAAUAAACACAUGGGGAUAUUGAAUGAAGAUCAAUGAAGAUGCCCUCGGAAAAGCAGGAUUUGAAGAUGUAGCCGAAGCUUUGAACUGUGAUGUCUCCUCUUUGGGGAAGGAGGUUAUUUUCUGUGUGCCUCAGAAUAUUAUGGCUACCAAACCAUUGUCUCCACCUAAUUCUCUGUAACACCAGAGUGUUCAGUCCCAGGUCAAAUCCCUUCAGGACAGAACCUUGUUUCCUGAUUCUAGAAUGAAGCUGUGAGUGGAUGUGUGCUCUGUCAGCUGGCAUUUGCUCACUCUCUGUAAAGAGAAUCUCAGAGCUGGGCCAGGCCAUGUGUAGCAGGUCCUUCUCUCCUCUGGGCGUCAAGGGGCACCUUCGGCUUGAGUGUAGGCAGAGAAUAAGACUGGCACCAGAGGUUUUCACCCAUUCUGAGGUUACAGGCAGUUCCAGCAGUUACCUGGUAACCUCUGGAGACAGACUGGGCUUCGGCACUCGGUGGCCGUGGUGCAGAGGACCCAGUCAGCUAUAGGAAGCAGUAAUGCCUUGUGGAAAAUAAGAUAGUCUGGGAGCCUGCACGCUGAGCAGAAGUCUUUGUGGAGCACAGGAACAUUACUACAGCCAGGCUCAGAGAACUGUCCAGGGAUAUAGACAGAUCCCAGCAUAGUCAGGGAGAGGUUUGCUAUAGUCGGGAAGCUUUUAAAAUAUGUUAGUAAUCGAGAACACCCCCAAACUCCAGGUACCUGGCAGACUUGUACCAGCUUUGCAAGCGUGCGUGCGGGGCGGAGAGUGGUAUGCGGGAGCACCUGCCACUGAGCCCAUGUUGAGUGCCUGGUGGGGGGCAGCCUCUGGGGCAGGCCUGCUUGGACCGUAAGUCCUGUCAGUGGAUUUAGUGUCCUGUUCUUUUCCAUUCAGUCUUUUCAAAGAAGAAAAGCUUUUCAAGGAAACACUGAGUGCCUUAAAGAGAAAUAACUGCCGAAGCCAAGAGGCAGGAAUGUCAGUGCUCAGAAGCAGUGAGAAUACGUUGUAUCCAUAUGUGGAGCCCUCUCGGUGGCAGAGGUGAAUAGAAGAAGGGAGGUUUGCAGUGCCCCGCGUGAUGUCCAGUUCCAUUAAAGAUACUCUGUCCUAAUCUUCCUAACAUAGUCUGUGUCGAAGGAAAGGAAAGAAUUUAUUCUGUUACUGGGAAUCUGCUUGGAGGAAGUUUGAAACCUGUGAGUCAAACUUAUCCAACCAACAUAAUUCACAUUUUCAUGAGUUCUGUAGGCGUUUGGGUCAGGAACGGAAGACAGGGUAGUGACUGAGAAACCUGCACUUCUUUAUUCAACAUCUGAGGAUUGCAGAUGCAGAAGGAAAUCUAUUCGGUGAGGCAGCGGGAGGCCCAGGCUUAGUAAAAAAAAAAAAAAAAAAGUACAUAAAGGCUCAGGUACUCUAUCCAUGAACUGCUGCAAGCAAGGUGAGUGGGCAAGUGCACAGAGUUAUUCAGCAGUGGACUGUGACAGAUUUACAGGAAGAUUUGGUCCAAAUGGCAACAGGUUCGUUUAGUACAUGUAUGGAAGCCUAAAGUAAUUAUCUUUUUGCAAAUGAAAUAUUAAAUGAUUUAAUAGUUCCCAUAUGUGUUGAUGUUUCAAAUGUGUAUCAUAACAUGUAACAUAAUUGUGUAACAGAAGUCUGCAAUAAAUCUUUUAGUAUUUGUGA